AUGGGGAAGCAAUACACUUCUUUUUCAAUUGGUUGGUUCAACAAAACUCCAUUUUUAAAAAGCACAAUGAAAUUAUUUGAAUUUGAUCCUGAAUCUUACUCCAAAGUAACUUACAAUAUUGGUGGAAUUGCUACACAUGUUUAUAAUUCAGAUAAAUUAGCAUCAUAUGUUGAACAAUUUAAUAAAGUUGAUCACCCAGUUGAUGUUAUUCCAAUUAAUGUUGUUUAUUUAAUUCAUCAUCGUGAAGGAAAUUAUAAAUAUACUGAAGCAGUUGCUUAUAAUUAUUUAAAGCAAUAUUAUGAAAAAAAAUCAAAUGUCAAAACUCCUUUAAUUUGUAUUACUUUUGAUAUUCCAAAUCAUGGACAAAGAUUAAUUGAUAAUGAAAAUAAUCAAGGUUGGAAUGAAAAUAAUCAAAAUCAUGCUAUUGAUAUGAUGUCAAUUAUUGAUUCAACUAUUCAAAAUAUUAAAUUAAUUAUGGAUUUUCUUCCAAGUUAUUUAAAUUUAGAUUAUUAUUUAACUCCUGAAUUUAGAGCAAUUAAUCAAAGUACAGAAAUUAAAUUUAAUAAUAUUUUAUGUGGUUAUUCACUUGGUGGUCAUGUUGUUAUUCGUUAUGCAAUGCAAUAUCCUCAAUUAGUUCAAGCAAUCCAUCCAGUUGUUGGUUGUAGUGAUUUAACUUCAUUAUUCAUUACAAGAUUAAGAUCAAUUAAAGAUAAUGAUAAAAAAUUCUUCUAUUUUAAUUAUGAUGAAUUAGAUUUAUCAAAUGAUGAAAAAUUAAAAUAUCCUGAAUCAUUACAUAAAAAAAUUUCAAAACAAGAUCAAGCU